CGUGGGGAGAGGCGCGGAGGAGGAGCUGCGCGGCUCCGGCGAUCCCUGAAUUCGCAGCCCCCGUGACCAUCGCUCCCCAUCCCGCAGCCGGAAGGAGGCGUGGAUUCAUCCGAACAUUUUGGAAGCUGGAAGAGGAGCAGGCUAUCUACCUUCCCAAAAAUCUGGAGCAGCUCAUCCACAAUUUCACCCUUCCCCACUCCCUGGAUUCCCAGGUCUGGAAAUUCUUCUACAACCUCCCAGCAGGAUUUCCCAUGCCGAAACCUCGACUAAACGGAGAAGGGGGCUGUGAGGAAGAAGAUGCCCCAUGAUACCCAGGCAGACAAGGAGCUGAGGAUGGAGACCAGGGAGGACAAAGCCCCACGGCAGACCCUUGUGGAAGAGGCCAGUUUGAGCAGCUCCACAGCGCAGAAAUCCAACAGGGAAGAAAAGCUUCAGAGAUCCCGCAGGAAGAGGGGCUCCAAACCCAUUCCAGGGUGCUCUGAGGAGGAAAGACCCACCCUGUGCCAGGAAGGUGGCCGGAGAUUUGGCCGGGGCUCUGAGCUGGUGGUCCAUGAGCAGCUUCAGGAUAGGGAGAAGCCCUACAAGUGCUUGGAGUGUGGGAAGAACUUCAGCCGGAGCUCAUUCCUCAUCCGCCACCAGAUGAUCCACACUGGGGAAUGGGCAUACGAGUGUGGGGAAUGUGGGAAGGGCUUCUACUGCAACUCCAAACUCAUCACCCACCAGCGCAUCCACACUGGGGAGAGGCCCUACGAGUGUCCUGAGUGUGGGAAGGGGUUUCACAGCAGCUCCACUCUCCUCGUGCACCAGCCGAUUCACACGGAUGAGAGGCCCUUCCGCUGCCCCGACUGUGGGGAGGGCUUCAAGCACAACUCCACCCUUGUCACCCACCGGCGCAUCCACACUGGGGAGAGGCCCUAUGAGUGUGGGGAAUGUGGGAAGAGCUUCAGCCAGAGCUCCACCCUCAAUACCCACAAACGCAUCCACACUGGGGAGAGGCCCUACAAGUGUCCUCAGUGUGGGAAGAGGUUUCAGACCAGCUCCCAUCUCCUUGUCCACCAGCGGAUUCACACAGAUGAGAGGCCCUUCCACUGCCCUGACUGCAGGAAGGGCUUCAAUCAAAAGUCCAACCUCAUCGCCCACCAGCGCAUCCACACUGGGGAGAGGCCCUAUGAGUGUGGGGAAUGUGGGAAGAGCUUCUCCAGGAGCUCUGACUUGACCAAACACCAACAGAGGCACCGGUAAGGGAAGCCCUGUGAGUGCCCCAAGUGCAGGAAGAGCUUCGUGUUCUGCUCCAGGUCCAUUCUCCAUCAGAGGACUCACGUUGGGCAGAGCCCUGAUGGCCCACGUUCCCAGUGAUCUGUGUUGGGAACACACUGGGCUGGCGGUCAUUCUGGUUUGGUUCUAUCUCUUGAUUCAUCAGCAUUCCUGUAAAACAGACAAAAUUGGGGCAAAAUCUAUGAAUUCAUCAAAGGCAUCUAAAGCCUCACUUUUCACUAGUGCUUUAAGGGAAUCUGGGAUUCAAGGAGAUACUUGGGAGUAUUUGGGGAUUUUGGGGGUAUUUGGUGGAGUUGUGUCCAUUUCUUGCCACUCAAGGAGCCUAGAGGCUUUGAUCUGUCACCUCAAAACCACUCAAUGCCACUGAAAACUACUCAGUCCCACCCAAAAUUAUUGGAUUCCACAGCCCCUCAGGGUGUGAUGUCUUUAGUUUUAGCUUUCAUAUUUUUCAUAUUCUGCACUGUCUUGGUUUGUAGUUUUGAACUUCAUAUUAAGUGUUAGUGAGCUCUCUUCACAGAGUAGGUAGACAAAACAAUUCCUUUUCUAGCUUGAUACCAAAGACAAUUGUUACAAGUUCCAGGCCCAAAAGCAUAAACAAGGGUGGACUGCAGAGUGAAAACAAGAAGGAUGGGACUUCAUCAUCUGAAGCUGUAACUGGACAAUGAACCCCAAUAUGCAGAUGGACUUAAAUUUCUAAAAAUGUGAGACCUCGUGAUGAGUUGUCCAUUUUUGUGACCAUUUUUGGUCCAUCUCAGGUGUAGCCCUGUCCAGGCUCUAGGUGUGUCCUUUAAGGCCUUUUAAUAAACUUUAUUCUUAACUCUG